UUUAGUUUUUGAUAAGUAUAUAAUUAUCACUCAAUUGUUAUAAGAAGUUCAGCAAUAAAUUUUGUAUAUGUUAGGGAGUACGUUGUGCAUUGAUUGUCAUAUUGGGAAAUUAUAGACAUCGGAAUUACACUAUGCAACGGAUGAAGCUUUACUCCUGCAAUGUGCUACGUCAUGCUUUCUUCCUCAUUCUCCUUGAAUGAAGUUCCCUUUGGUAGGGAGCUGCUAAAGUGAGCUUUCUACUGUGCGAAUUAGAAUUGGUCGAGCCAGUGGAUUUCGGAUGAUUAUACAGAAAAAAUAGGAAGAACUUUAGCAAUGGAGUGGCAAUUUACAUUUUUGUGAAGUUGUCUGUGAUGAGAAAUCAGAGUGAACACCAUGUGAACAUGCUAUCAGAACAAUUGAGAAAUAAAACAUUUUCACAGAUUGAACACACUGCCAAUAUGUUUCUUCCCCUAAAUUACUCAGCAUCAAGCUUGGCUAGAGGUCUAAGUUCAUCUCUCAAUGGAACUCAGUUACCCUUCACCGCAAUCCAAUCUAAGGUAGCACCCCUUUUGUUUUUGUCACUUUCAACAAUCCCAUUCGUAUCACAAGUCUCAUAUGUGGGACAAGAUAGGCUGAUGGUCGCUUUUUACACUGAAGAAGGCCACGACGAGGACCAAACUUUUGCAGUGUUUUCCAAUACUUCAUCUGCAAUAUGGUAUAGUCAGCCAGUGAAUCGUGACACCGGGAUGCUUUAUGGGCAACCAGUGGUUGUUGAUGCAAAAACAGUUGGUGUUGAGACUCUAGGCUGGUCUAAAGAAUCCUUAAAAGGAACAAUGGGGUAUGCAUCUCAGUCCUCUAUUAGCACUGGUUUGAACAAGGCCAAGAGGGAAUUAUUUUUCAAUACAGCCACAAUGGAUGGAAGAGGUAAGAUCUCUGUGGGAUUUCCAGUACAAUAUGUGGAUGACAGAUUUUCCACCUUAAAUUUUUACGGUGCGGAUUUUCACCUGGCUAGUAACAAUGGUCAAGUAAUUGUGGACACAAAGAUUCCACAUACCAGCAUAAUUGUGUAUAAUGGUACUGUUUCUGUGCAAUUCAAGAACUUGAAUGGUUCUCGUGAAGAUUUGAGUGGCAACCAGUCUUGCAAGCUGGUAAAUGGAGAAAGGGGACAGUUUGAAGUGAAAAUCAAGGAGAAUAAUUUCAUAUUCUACUGCUCUGUCAUUGAAAUAGCUGGACUCGAAUCGGUGUACACUGUGGCGUUCAGUGCUCAAGGAAUGGGAAGUAAUGUCAUUAAGCAUAGCGCGCAAGCAUAUUUGCUGCUUGUGCUCUUGUUUGUUAUUGUAGUAGUUUCACUAUGUGCUUUCAUUAUCAUAGUCUUCAAAGCUGCAAAGAAAGAGAUGUUUUUGUGUGCUGCUCUGAUCAAACAAAUGGAAUCAACUAAUCAAGCGGAGAGGAAGAGUAUAACAAAGAGUCUCGCAUUUGCUGCCGCAAGUCAUGACAUUCGUAAUGGUUUUGGAAUUAUAACUUGUCUGAUAAAUCACUGUCUUAAUGAGGCAUCCCCAGAUUCUGAAACUGCAUCUAACCUGCAGCUCAUCAAUAAUGAAACCACAAGCCUUUUAGGCAUAUUAAAUUCUGUUCUGGACGCGAGCAAGAUUGAAGCUGGUAAAAUGCCACUCAAGGGAGAAGAGUUCGAUCUAGCAGAACUCCUCGAGAACAUAGUUGAUUUGCAUUAUCAUAGAGCCAUAGAGAAGGGAGUGGAUUUGGUUCUUGACCCUAGUGAUGGGUCUCUUUCAACCUUUCGCUCAGUGAAAGGUGACAAAGUGAAAAUUAUGCAGAUAGUAAGUAAUUUGGUUACCAAUGCUAUCAAAUUUACCUCAGAAGGCCAUAUUUCUGUCAAAGUUUCUGUGAGCAAACCAAGUAAAGACAGCGCCCUUAUUGUUUGUAAUCGGCAUAGUCCAUUGAACUGCUUGACAAGAUUGUGCACCAAGCAAAAGUGUUGCUGCAAUACUUUGAAUGAAUUUCCAGCAAUUCAAAAAAAUCCCAAUUGCAUGGAAUUCACCUUUGAGGUGGAUGACACAGGUGUAGGGAUUCCAAAAGAUAAACAAAAACAUGUCUUUGAGAACUUUGUUCAGGUGAAAGAAACAACUUGUGGAGAAGAAGGUUAUGGCUUGGGACUAGGCAUUGUUCAAUCUAUGGUGCAUCUAAUGGGGGGAGAGAUCAAGAUUGUUGACAAAGAGGAUGGAGAAAGAGGCACUCGAUUCCAAUUCAACAUAUUUCUGACUACUUGUGUUCCAGUAUCUGUUGUUGAAGCUGAGGAACAAGAAACCAAUACGCAAAAUCAUGGCCUUCGAAGUUAUCUUUACCAUCACUUGGGACUCCAAUUUCGGUCAUCUCCAUCUAGAUCAGAGGGAUAUCAUGUUGUCCUAUUCCUAAUUGAAGAAAAAAGGAGAAAAGUUUUAAGCAGAGUGAUUAGCAAAAUGAACAUAAAAGUUUCAGAAGUGGGUAAAAUUAACGAACUUGUUCAGGCGCUUGAUAGAAUAAAGAGAAAGUUAGACCUUUCCUCUAGUUCCCUUGAGAAAUUUGAGGUAAAUCUGAAUUUAACCACUGGUGAUACAAAUGAAGUGGCUUCGGGCACAAAGGACGCACAUGAUCAAACCAUCCCUCAUUGCAAAAGGUCUAAUUCCAAUGGCUCGUCAAACUUCAUAAUGAUAAUUAUUGAUUCUCAGGCAGGAAUUUUCUCAGAAUUGAGUUCACCCGUCGUUAACUUCAAGAAAGAUUUGCAGAAUCUUACUUGCAAGGUUGUGUUGUUGCAAGAUCAUGUUAGCAGCAGCAGCCAGCCACCGCUUCCUCCUUUUGAUUAUGUUUUUCAAAAGCCAUUGCAUGGCAAACGUUUAUAUGAAGUGCUUAGACUUUUAUCUGAAUAUCGAAAUAGUUCAAUCCAACAUGAUAGGACUAAGACUGGUCAAGAAAUCGAAUUCCAAGAAUUGGACUCAGAUGCCUUACCUAAGUGCCAACUCGAGGAGAUUGUUAUAAAUGAUGGUAACAAAAGGAGUAGUACUACUAGCAAGGACUUUAAAGGAAAGAAGGUUUUGGUGGUUGAUGAUCAACCCACAUUGCGCAUGUACGCUUCUAGGUCUCUUCAAAAAUUAGGAGCAGAUGUUGAUGUUUCUGAGAAUGGAAAAGAGGCCUGUGAUAAGGUUUGGGAAUCUUUGAAAGACAUGUCUGAAGGUGAUGAUGAUGCCAGCAAAACCUAUGAUUUUAUAUUGAUGGACUGCGAGAUGCCGGUUAUGAGUGGGUAUGAGGCAACAAGGCUUAUACGAGUAGAGGAGAAGCAGCAUGGUAUUCAUAUUCCCAUAAUUGCAUUGACUGCCCAUACUAUGGAUGAUGAGAUAAAGUUGCUUAUUAAAGAUGCUGGAAUGGAUUUUCGCUUGACUAAACCUUUAAAUAUUCAACAGUUGUAUGAUCUCAUUAACAAAUUCCAGUUUUGAACGACUUUUUAUUGCCAUUAGAAUGAAAUAUAUCAUCGAAUAUGAUCUCUAGUAUCUACCUACCUUAUAGCCUUUAGUUCAUACAAAAAAAUUGUAACAGUAGCAUCGCUCUUGCUUGAGGUGAUCGAUAUUAAUAUAUAAGAUUUGGAGGAAAGGAAAAAGAAAGAGGAAGAAGGAAGAUGAAGGAAAAUUCCGCUGCUGAUGGCAAGCAAGCAAUCAAUACAUGUCGACCAACCUAUAAAUAAGCUAUUGAUCACAUGAUCUUUAAAUACAAAAGCAAGCUCUCUUAUUAUUUUUGUGACAACUUGUUUUAAGAUGAUACAGCAAAACUCAAAUGAUAACCUCAAUAUUAUAAGGGCUAAGAGUUAAUUGCUUAAGGUUGAAAUUCAUCGUAUCUAGUUUAUCGGAGAGCAAAGGGUACCACACAAAUUAACUCGUCUACACACAAACUACCUCUUAGUGACAUUUUCCUCGCUGGUAGAUCACCGUCAUUAUUUCAGGAUAGACUACACUCGGGGGCCAAAAAUCUCACAGAAAGUUUUCAAGCAAAUUUAUGUUUACACAUGAUUAAUGAUCUAAGCUUCUCAGAUGGUGCUUCAAGCAAUAAAAAAACAGCAAAAAGCAGCAGCAGAAAGGUCAACAAUAGUGCCAAGGAGCCAGUCGAAUACAAAACAAGGGGAAAAUUCACGCUGGUGUAAUUUCAAAACUAUUUAGUAGAUUCUAGUCAAAACCAAACAUGUUUGCUCUUGGCCUGAGUCCGAACAUCAAAGCAAUCAGCCACCCCCA